UAGAACAAAGUUUUCUCAAGGCCACACCAUAACUUGGUCAGUUGUCAAGGGUUAUGCCUCUGUCAGAUGAGUAACUCCAAAGAUCUAGUAUCCAUGGCAGGGAAAUGGAUUCCCCGGUCCUUCAAGGCGGCGGUUUUCGGGCUGAUCAUGUUUGCCGGGUUGACAUAUGAAGAUCACACGGUGGAUCCUGAGACUGGUUUACUAUGCAUCAGUGAAUGCGGUACAUGUCCAGUCCUAUGUUCACCACCUCCUUCUCCUGAACUCGAGCCUUCAGGUCCACUGCCAUCACCACCACAAUCACCGCCACCAGUGCACCACUCUCCACCUCAAUAUUACUACAUUUCUCCGCCGCCCUCACCACCGAAACAAUCACCAUCACCAACUCCCUCACCGCCAAAACAUUCCCCGUCACCCCCAUCAUAUUCUUCGAAAGGCGCUCCUCCUCCUCCUCCACGGUUUGUCUACUUCUACGACAUGCCUCCUGCCGGUCCAGUGCCAACAGCAACAACGGGAACUGGAGUGGUGAACAACAAUCCACUUCCUAACUACUUUUACACCUCCAUGGCUUCUUCUCCUUCUUCUGUUCAUGUCUUGCUUUUGUUCAUCUUGUUAGCUCAUCAUCUUGUGUUUUCUUUUUGGUGAGAAGUAUAGAAUUAGACUGUUACUCUGUCAUAAAUUUCAGUUUUUGAAUUUGUAUUGCAAUAGAGGCAUUGACCAAAUCCUGAGUGAUAUAUAGAGACUCCUACUUGUAUUUAAAAUUUUAUUUGUUAAUUAAUCUUUUUUUAUGUAAA